AGAGAGAGAGAGAGAGAGAGAGAGAGAGAGAGAGAGAGAGAGAGAGAGAGAGAGAGAGAGAUGGAUCUGAGCUCUUUCCUUACAUCCCUUGUAACCUCAUUCAUCAUAUUCAUGGUACUGGUAUUCGUAUUCACAUGGCUGUCGAGGAAGCCUUCCAACGCAGUCAUCUACUAUCCAAACCGUAUUUUGAAGGGUUUGAAUCCUUGUGAAAGUGGGAGGAGAACCAGGAACCCUUUCGCUUGGAUUGGAGAGGCGUUGAGAUCGUCUGAGGAAGACAUUAUCGCCAUGUCCGGCGUUGACACCGCCGUUUAUUUCGUCUUCUUAAGCUCUGUACUGGGGAUAUUCACUCUAUCCGGCAUCGUGCUGCUGCCGGUUCUUCUUCCGGUUGCUGGAACUGACAAGGGCAUGAAAUCAAAAUCUGAAGGCAACAACAACGAGGCCAUGACCAGCCUUGACAAGCUAUUGAUGGGAAACGUCACGGAAAACAGUCCAAGGUUGUGGGCAUUUCUACUAGGGACAUACUGGGUUUCUUUUGUUACGUUUUACGUGUUAUGGAAAGCUUACAAACACUGUUCGGAGCUGAGAGCAGCUGCAGAAAUGGAUCCGGGGUUGAAACCUGAGCAAUUCACAGUAUUGGUUAGAGACAUCCCGCCAGUCCCAGAAGGCCAAACGCGGAAAGAACAGAUCGAUUCGUAUUUCAAAAGUCUCCAUCCGGAGACAUUCUACAGAUCGAUGGUGAUCACGAACAACAAAGAGGCCAAUAAGAUCUGGGAAGAGUUGGAGAGCUACAAGAAGAAGCUUGAACGUGCGGAAUUGACAUUUUCAGAGUCGAAAACCGCAAGCAACCCCGAUGGAACAAGGCCUACAAACCGAACUGGCCUCCUUGGCCUGAUCGGACAGCAAGUCGACACGAUCAACCACUGCAAUGACAAGAUCAAAGACCUCAGUCAGCAACUAGAGGUCGAGCAGAAGAUCACUGUUAAAGAGAAGCAACAAGCGUCUGCUCUAGUCUUCUUCAACAGCAAGCCGGCUGCGGCCACAGCUGCCCAGACCCUCCACGCACAGAUAAUUGACACAUGGACGGUGAUGGAAGCUCCCGAGCCCCGCCAGCUGAUAUGGACCAACAUAACAAUGAAAUUCUAUGAGAGGCAGAUAAGGAAGUAUGUGAUCUACACCAUUGCAUUCUUGGCCAUAGUCUUUUACAUGGUCCCAAUUGCAUUUGUAUCGGCCUUCACGACACUAAGGAAUCUUAGAAAUCUUCUACCAUUCUUGAAGUCGAUUGUCGAUCAGCCCGCGAUCAAGACUAUCCUGGAAGCUUAUCUACCGCAGAUUGCGUUGAUUGUGUUCUUGGCUUUGCUGCCGAGCUUCCUACUGUUUCUAUCGAAGUCUGAGGGGAUACCAUCUGAAAGCCAUGUUGUGAGAGCGGCCUCUGGGAAGUAUUUCUACUUCAUUGUAUUCAAUGUCUUUCUUGGAGUUACAUUGAGUGGGACGUUGUUCAGCUCUUUGAAGACGAUCGAGAAGAAUCCGAACCAGAUCAUAACAAUUCUUGGCCAUAGCUUGCCUACAAAUGCGUCAUUCUUCCUCACAUUUGUUGCUCUGAAGUUCUUUGUUGGCUAUGGGCUCGAGCUGUCGCGUUUGAUUCCUCUGAUAAUUUACCAUCUAAAAAAGAAGUAUAUGUGCAAAACCGAAGCCGAGGUGAAAGAAGCAUGGGCCCCAGGAGAUCUUGGUUUUGCCACUAGAGUUCCCAACGACAUGCUGAUUGUAACCAUCGUCCUCUGCUACUCCGUCAUCGCUCCUCUGAUCAUUCCCUUUGGUGUCAUGUACUUCGGCCUUGGAUGGCUCAUCCUUCGGAACCAGGCAUUGAAAGUCUACGUCCCUUCUUUCGAAAGCAACGGUCGGAUGUGGCCCCACAUGCAUUCCCGGAUAUUAGCGGCCCUGAUCCUCUAUCAGAUCACCAUGACCGGCUUCUUUGGUGUGAAGAAAUUCUACUACACCCCGUUCUUGAUACCCCUCCCUAUACUCUCACUCAUCUUCGCCUAUGUGUGUAACAAACGUUACUAUCUCGCCUUUCGAUCCACACCGUUGGAAGUCGUGGCCCACUCCGCGAAGGACGUCCCGAACAUGGAGAUGGUCUUUGCUGCGUAUGUCCCACCUUGUAUGAGCUUGGACAAGUUCAACGAUGCAGAUCAGUUCGGAGAAGCUCGAUCUCAGCCGUAGAGAGUGUGACCAUCUUUUCCUUGAUGUACAUACAUUUGUUUUGGAUGAUUUUUUUUGUUGAUGUUCUUUGUAUUGGAUUGGGCCCACCAUCGAUGGGCCAUGCUGAAAUGGGCCGUAUUGAUGUGUGGUUGGAUGCAGAUCUUCCAUCUCUAGUGGGUCCCAACGGUUGUGCAUGUGUGCAUGAACCAGUUGAAGGGAUACCCCACAUCAAUGUCUGAUGGACGGUGUAGACUUUCCGUUGUUGAUGUAUGGGCGGGAUCGGGCCCAGA